CAAUAAAUAAUCGCCACAGUUAAUUUUAUUUUUAAAAAAAUCUAAAGAUACGCGAUGAAUUAACGAGGUCAAACCAAAAACGUAUUCUAUUUUUUUCAUUUAAUACUUUUUUGCCUCUUUAAUCCGAGAAGAAAGUUUUUUUGUGUAACCGUUUUCCUUCGCGAAAACGUAUUUUUGGCAAAACGCCCAAAAAUAACUCGAAGCUUCAAACCGGGAACGAUGUUCGCUCAACAGUUCCCGUAACGAAGGGGCACGCGUCGCGACGCCCGGAAAUCACAACACAACCUCAUUAAAUUAUCGAAAGUGAAAUUAAAGUGCUCCUUUCUUAUUUGCAUUUGGACGAAGAAAAUUUGAAAUGGCGGAGGCACCAUGGAGACCACAAGGUCCUGCUAUACCUCAAGGAGUAUCUAGACAAGGAUCAGAUCGCAGAGUUGAACCACCACUGGUAGUCCAAAACGCAAUGUUAACAAAAGACAAAAAGCCGUUCACUUACACCCCUGGAGGAAUCGAUUUAUCCGAAAUAUCAUCCCCAAGACUUGCGAGACGCGUGGAACGAAACGCAAUGGCCCCCGGAGUCGCGGAAGUGCAACGCACUUCACCACCAAGAGGUUACACCGGUCCACCAUUACCACCUUCAGCCUUAGCCGCUAUGCAACCUGCACUUCCAGUUCAAGUUUUUCCAUCCGGCCCACCACCACCACCCCCAAUCCCGGCUGGGGGGCCAGCUCCACCUCCUCCACCACCACCCAUGGAUGCACUCCCCACAAAAUCUUUUGCAACGAACGAAGGUGUUUUCGAAAGACCAGAUAUGACGAAGAUUAUUCCGGAAAAUCCGAUGGCUUUGUUGAAGAAAACUCCGAGGGUUCAAAGACCAGUUUCGGAUGGGAUUCAAUAUGGUGGGGUUCAAGAAUAUUCUCAACAACCUCCAAUUCAAAUGAAUCAACAAGUACAACCUCCAAAAAUGGUUCAGAUGAAUCAAUCUCCACCAAUCCUCCAAAUGAAUCAAGCAGUACAACCCCCACCAUUGGUUCAAAUGGUACAACAAAGACAAAUGGAACCUCCUCAACCGGAAAUAAAAACGAGUACAGCUCAAUUAGGAACAUUGUAUAUCCCUCCGGUUGAAAAUCAAAAUCAAAAAAGAAUCGCAACACCACCCGUAAUUGAAAGAACGAUUCAAACACCCCCAACUCCCCAAAGAACGGUUCCCCAAUCCCCGGGAAGUCCCCAAUCCCCAAUCGCGACGUUAACAAAAGCCCCAAGACCAUGGCAAAAUCAGAAACCCCCAUCCCAAGAAGCUCCCGCUUGGGUGCAAAGAUCUCAAACUCCCCCAGAAUCCCCUCAAAGAUCAUCCCCAGUCCCGAUUGUUACAACCCCAAAAACCCCGAUUACUCCUAAUUAUCCAUCACAAGAGAAACCAUUUCCAUCAAGAGGAAAUCAAUCUCCCGGUGUACAAGGAAAUGUUAUUGGAAGGGUCAUUAUUCCCGUUCAAAUGGAUGGGAGUCGACCAAAUACAAACACUGAAGCUGUUUAUAUCACUCAACCCGUUGUGUUGCAACAUCCAGGAAAUAGAGUUGAAGGUGAUCAACAGAAUGUUGCGAGAGAACAACAGAUGCGGAUACAGCAAGAACAACAAAAGAGGCAACAAGAACAAAGAAUGAUGCAAGAACAACACGUUAGGGAACAACAAUUGAGGGAGCAACAAAUGAGGGAACAACAAAUGAGGGAACAACAAAUGAGGGAACAACAAAUGAGAGAACAACAAGUAAGGGAACAGCAAUUAAGAGAGCAACAAUUAAAAGAGCAACAAUUAAGGCAACAACAAUUGAUGCAACAAAGACAAUUACAACAACAACAGAUGCAACAACAAAGUAAUAAAAAAAGCGAAAAUGUGAGGAUUAUUCCGAUUCAAAUUGAGGGUGGUAAUACAGGAAGUAAUACAAAUGGAAAUGUGCAAAGACAAGACAGUAAUAAAUUUGGGAAUUCGAAUCCUGCGACACCAGGAACUGCAAGGGUUUUUAAUCGUCAACCCAGUUGGUCGCAAAGUGGGCCAACCCAAUCGAAUUCCUUCAAAGUAAUACAAAAGUUAACGAAUACGGACGGAGAUGAAGACGAAGAUGAAGACCCAUCGGAGCACCCCCCGAGAAAUUCGCAACAUUUUCAACAACAACCCCCCAUAGAACAAACCAGAAAGAUGGUUCUUAACGACAGCGAUAAAGAACUAAUGAACAAAGUUAAACAAGUCGUUUUAAUUGAAAAAGACGAAGAGAAUCCCAGAUAUAGAGGUGGUCACAUUCCUUCACGUAUUUUCAAGAUUUUAGAUGCCAGUGGCAUAGAUCAAGAAAUUUAUCUACACAGGGAAACUGAUCCGAGAUAUCGUGGGGCUGCUAUUCCGUCCAAAGCAUUUAGACUACUACAAUCGAUGACUGAUGGUGGUAACACUGUACCUAAAUCGUCUCAAUCGCAAAAUGUUGGCAGCAGUUCCAAUAACGUUAGAAUGAUUCCUGUUCAAAUUGAAGGUGGUUCUUCGAGUAAUUACGUUCCUCCAAGCGAACAAACCGUUGAAGAACCGAAAAAAUACACAGGGGGAAAAAUACCGAGCAGAUCUUUUAAGAUGUUACAAGCGAUGACUGGCGAUCCUUGCGCAGCACCUCAUCAAGAUUCGCAAUAUUUCGGUUACGCCCCCCGAUUCCCCCCGCAAUGUUUCCCACCUUAUUGCCCUCCAUAUUUCGUCCCACCACCGUAUUCUCCACAAUUUUCUAUGUCUCCAAGUCCAUCAUUAAAAUCGAAAAGUGCACGAACAACUCCUGUUCAUUUUUCUUCGAAUAAAACGAACAAGAGAAGUUAUUAUGACGAUGAGAGUGAGUUUUAUGAUAAAAAAUCGAGAUCUUCAUCACUUCCCAGGAGAUUCCCCCAAAAAAAUUCGUUUUGGAACGAUAGCGAUUACGAGGAGGAUGAAGAAAGAUAUUUUCGGGAAAGGAGGAGAUCUCCUUAUGGAUUUUGGGACCCUUAUUACAUGUAUUGUUAUCCCCAACAAGUUUAUCCAUAUCAUAUGUAUAAUUAUGGGUAUCACGACGAUUUUGAAGACGAUUUUGAGGAAGAGGAAGAAUGUAGGAAUGAGGAAAAUCAAAGUGGAAAAAAUGUUGAAUCCGAAACUGAGAGUUUUUCGGAAAAUUCUUCUUUUAAUGUUGAGCAAAAAAAUUCUGUGGGGUACUCUGAUGAUGAAUACGAAGUUUCUGAAGAGGAAUGUGAAGAAAAUGAGCCAAAAAGUGAAACUCAAACGGAAGAAAUUCCUCAUGAAUUGAGUGUUAUUUUUGAGGAAAGUGAAAGAAGUGAUUUUGUUGUGAAGGAUUCUAGUUCUGAAACGUUGGCUGUUGAUGAAAUUGUUGAAGAUGAUGCUAAAGAAGAAAUUUUGAAGGAAAAAGUUGUCCAAAAAGAUUUCGAAAAGCUUGAUAAAGAUUGGUGGAGUGAAAUAAAACCAUUAAACGAUGACGAAAUUUGCUUAAAGAAGCAAGAAGAAAAUGAAGAGGUCGAUUUUUGGAAAACAAUUCUCCAAGAAGACAAAAUAAAAAUUCCAAAACCCCAAAACAACCACGAAGUCAUCAUCGAGAACCACGAAAAAUCUGGGACGAUAACCGAAGAAAACGAUAAAGAAAUAUUUGAAGAUAAAUUUGAGGAGAAAUCAGAAAAUGUCUCGAUGAGCGCAAAAGAUCAUAAAUAUAAAUUAAAUAAAUCCCAAUGCAACGAAACGUUCAAUUUAAAACCAAAAAACGAAGAAAAUUCGGAAGAAAACUACGUAAGAUCUUCAAAAGAACAAUCAGAAAACUACGAGUACCAAAAAGAUGAUGUUAAAUGUUUAAUUAAUUCAGAAAAAAAUGUUGAUAACACCGAUUUUCGGAUUAAAGAAGGAUCAUCGAUUUACCACGGAAAUUUGAGUGUUUCAUCGAGGAAAAAAAUUUUUAAAGAAAGUAUUGAGCCCCCAAAAAUCAUUAAAAAGGAAGGAAUUUCGAUUGAAAAAGAAGAUAGCUCGAGUGAAAUCGUUAAAAAAACAACUGUUUGUAGUAUUAUCGUCGACGAUGAAGAUGUUGAUAAAGAAAAUGAGAAAGAAGAUGCAAACAAGGAAGAAAUAAAAAUUCCUAGUAUUAAAGAAAGAAUCGCAGCGUUAAAAAUAGCCUCGGAAAAAGCGAAAGAAUUCAAAAUGGUUCAAGACAAAGUCGAAAAAGUGAACAAAAUAAAAAAUAAUUUAGAAGAAAAGCAAAGAAAAGAAAAAAUUAAAAAAGAAAUUGAACCCGAAGAAAAUUCUUCCGAUUCAGAAGAAGAAAUCGAUUCAGGAGUAACAUCCGAUAUAAGCAGACACAUUUCCGAUACGGAAGAAUACUCCGAAUUAAAUAAAAUGUCGAAAUACCAACGCGCAGCGACGCAUUCGCGCCUUUUUAAACUAUUACAAGACGAAUGCGAGUUAGAGGAAAUCCAAGAAAAUGAAAAAAAAGAUGAAAAAAAUCAAAAGAAUCAAGAAAAUAUUCAAAAACGCAAAGAAAGUUUAACAUUAGAUUUAAAACCGGAUGAAGAGGGAUUUAAUUCAAGCGGAAUCGAUUCCUUAACACCCCCGAUUAAUGAUAAGUUGGUGAAAGAAUUAGUUCGGAGUUUGUUAAAAGGUAAACGAGGGGAGGCUUUCCGAGAAAUGCCGCUUGAAAAGCUUCAUAAUGCAGCUUAUAGGAUUCUACAAGAAGAAAUUUUUGAUUCUAACGAUUCAAAAAGCUCAACUGCGAUUCAGACCCCGCAAGAUUUUUAUAACGAUGAUGAUAAAUUUUCGUAUUCGACUCCUUAUUCCACUUCUAAUCCUAAUUUGAUCCGUUAUGUCCGAUCCAAACCAGAAACGAAUACAUCGUGAAGAAGAAAAUAAACGGGUGGAUUUGUUACCUUGAAGGUAACUAAUAAAAAUUACUCUUCGAAGAAAGAAUAGGAUUAUUUUAUUCCUUUUUUUUUAUUUAUUUUGUUUAUAACUUUUUUUGAUGU